AGUUAACAUCGAGACACAUGUCAAUAAUAAUAAUACGUCUAAGGAGUAGACUUUCAAACGAAGACUGCAGUACUCCACAGCUCAAUGGGUCUAAUAGUAAAACAAAGUGGUACACUUGGCCCGGUUACAGCACUAAGUAUAUGUGGAGAUAAACUACUGGCAGGAUGUGGACAAUUAAUUCAAGUUUACAGUUUGGAAAAUGGCCUUUUAGAAUUAUCUUUUCAGGGCCUGUCACACUCAAACAUCCAUGGUAUUCGACCAGGACCUUUCAUUGCGGGUGCAACGCAUCUGUGUCUGUUUGGUGGCAAACAGAGCAGAGUUUUGGCCAUAAAAUCCAAGUCUUCAGAAUGCAUGGUUGAUGAAUGCUCAUCUGAAGGAGAUUUUGAAGACUGGCUAUGGGAUGCAGUUUGGCUUCAGAAGCAAGACUGGUGGACUAUAGGUUUUGCUCUGGCACAUAACAUUGUGCUGCACUGGGACUGGAGGAAUAGCAAAAUUUUACAAAGAGUCACAUGUACAGAAAACUGCUUACUAUACUGUGCUCGGUUCAUUGGUAGUAACUGGAGUGAGCUGCUCCUGGCUGUAGGUACAGUCUUCAACAAUGUGGUACUGUGGUCAGUUGGUGAUAGGCAUAAUCAGUCAAUGUCUGAUGGCUUUUUUGUAGAACCUGAUGAUCGUCAUCAGUCUCGGCAGGUACUGUGUCGCCUUACUGGACAUGAGGGUGUGAUCUUUUCUAUUAACUACCAACCAAAGCUACAGAGACUGUGCUCAGUAUCUGAUGACCGCAGCAUUCGUGUGUGGCAAAUACAUUCUGCAUCUUCGAAUACUGAAUGCAUUCCAUUGUCUUCUUUGGACUGGAAUUAUGUCCACAUAGAACCAUUGCUGACCUUAUAUGGACACUCUGCACGUGUCUGGGAUGCUGUUCUUCUCUCAGAAAAAAUUAUCAGUGUUGGUGAGGAUGCAUGUUGUUUAGUUUGGAACUAUCGUGGGGAAAUCAUGCAACAGUUCAGAGGUCACAAGGGUCGCAGUAUAUGGAGUGUAGCAGCUAGUGAAGAUGAAUCGUUUGUGGUAACAGGUGGAGGAGAUGCAAGUUUACGCCAGUGGCACCUGAAAGAUGCAGCUGCUGUUGAACUUUCGCAUGUCGUGCUUCCUAUCCCUGAUGAUAUCAAGAUAUCAGAGGACUUUAUUAGGACACUGACAUUAUGGAACUUUGACACUGUGGUGCUUGCUACAAAUCAAGGGAUAUUGCUGGCUCACAAUAUUAGUGAUGGUUCCUGGAAAAAGCUUUGGCAUGAUACAGAUUUCUCAUCAUAUGUCACUUUAGCUUUUUCUCCAUCUAGAACUUUCCUUGCCAUUGGUAAUGUAACUGGUCUUGUCGCAGUUUUCAAAAGACAUGAAGCUGCAGGUCUGAGCAUUUUGCUCCAAGGCAUGAUCCAGCCACAUAAGGGAAAGGUUUGUGGUUUGACUUGGGUGGAUGAGCGUCAUUUUGUCACAACAGGACUCCAUGGUCACUGUGUUAUGACAAGAGUUGAUCUUGAUGUGGAAGAAAACAAGGCUAUCAGUCUGGAGCCAAUGACACAGCUAGAGCUACCAGAGAGCCAGCAUCGCUGGGUUACUGCAGGCUGCCUUUUGUCUUCUUUGCUGGUCUGUGGUGAUAGAUGUGGCUCCAUAUACAAGUAUGGUCUCUCAUUAUCAGCAGAUGAGACACACAUGUGCAGGCCUACACAAAUCUUCAAAAAAAUUCAUGGCAGUGCUGGGGUCACAUGCAUCUGUUACCAUGACAGCACCAUCUUUACUGCAGGCAGAGAUGGGCAAUACAGACAAUGGACCAUAAAGAAGGGUGACCUUGAGCUACUCAAUACCUCUAGGGUAUUCAAGGGGUUUGACUGGAUUGACAGACUGGUCUUUCAGGAAAACGAAUUUCAAGUCAUGGGAUUUUACUCAUCCAAGUUCAUAGUGUGGAGUGUAACCAAGGGAGAGCAACUGUUAGAAGUAGAAUGUGGUGGUGGUCAUCGUGCAUGGGACUGUGUGUAUCAAGGUUGCAUCUGCCAUUUCCUUUUCCUCAAAGCACAGCAGGUUACCCUGGUUACCUCUAAUCAGAAAAACAGACAGGUGAUCAUCAAGCCUUCCCUGCAUGGACAAAAAGUGUGGGCCAUGAAGCACUUGUAUACACGUGAAUGCUUUCCAGGUAGACCAGUUCAUGUGGUAUGUAUGGCAAGUGAAGAUACAACAGUCAGCAUUGGAACACUUUGGGCUGAAAAUGGAAGCUUGCACUGGUUGCCACAGCACACCAUUCAUAGUCAUCUAUCAAGUGUUCGAGCUUUAGCUGUUGUGGAUGAGACUAUGUAUCCAGUACCUUAUAUCUACAAAACAACUAAGAAACAUGGACAGAAACAAUGCAUGAGUCAAGGAAAUCAUCAAGGUUGUACUUCUUGGACUGAACAGUGUAGUGGAGAUAUCUUGGCUAUAUCACAAGACACUGGGACUUUAUCACUGAAUGAGGCUUAUGACAAAUUGUCAAGUGCCCUGGGAGAAGAUAGGAGCUGUACAGCAAAUCAAGAAAAUACUAAAGAAUGGCUUCAUUCACAGACAAAGAUUGUGUUUUCUGGUGGUGGGCGUGCUCAGAUUCAAGCUUGGAGAGUUCUUCUUGAACCCAACACAAGGGCAUACUUAAAGCAAGGAGAACUGAGCGGUGCACAGGACUGUAAAUUGUUCAGAUCUUCAGCACAACUAACUCAAGAUCAAAAACCAAUAAUUCCUCCAAUACUGCAUGCUGGAAGUUCUGCAGUACAGAGCUCUGUGCAAUCAAGUUACAAACAUCUUGGAAGUUGUUUCCUCGGAGAAGCACGGCACAAACGAUCUGCAAAGCCAUGGAAGACUCGUUACUUGAAGCUAGACCCAGAAACGCGCAUCAUGGACCUAGCUGCAAUAGCAACACAGAGUGUGGACUCCAGAUUACCUGCUGGCACAUACCUGCUGGCUGCUGCAGGCUCUGAUGGUGUUCUUAGGUUGUUCCUGUUUGAAGAAAAGAGUUGUCUUUUCUUUCUUCUCUGUCAGUCCUCAUACCACAGUGGCUGUCUUCUCAAAGUUUACAUGCAUUUACUUCCUGAUGAUAACUACAGCAGACCUGUUUUACUGUCCGCUGCCACAGAUGGAAAGAUAGCAUUAUGGGACCUGCAGCCGGUGUGUGUCUGGCUCCUGCAACAUUUCUUCCAGGAGCCAGAAACUAUCUCUGAAGAUAGCAGUGAUGAUGAAGACAGCCAUACUUGCCAAGAAAGCAAGAACAGAGAAAGUUAUGCAGGUCAUGGUUGCAGCAAUCACAAAAUUCAGACAGCCACGGACAAAGAGACUGGCUGUCAGACAGACUCUGAUCAAAGAAAGUUAAGGAGCAACAUUUCUGAGGGAAGUAAUAUAAAUAAUCAGACUUUCUUCUAUCGUAACUUUGCUGAUAGUACAGACACAGCCAAAUAUGAUUCUGAGGAUGCUGAAGAGGAGGAGAAUGAAGAAGAGUUGUCUAGUGGUGGGUUGGUAACUGAAGAGAAUGCAAAUGAUUUGAGCAAGACCAAGGCUCAAGACUUGACUGAAAGUCAGCAAACCUCACUUCAAGGGUUCCUCCUAGUAAAUUCUGCUUGUGAAUGGAUCCCAAAUAAAGAAGUCAAAAGUCACCAGUCUGGAAUCAACAGUCUUCACAUGAAAUCUUUUGGAGAGCGACAAGUUCUCCUUGCAAGUGGAGGAGAUGACAAUUCACUGACGGUCCAUUAUCUGAGAUUUGAGACACCCUGCACUUCUGACAUGGAACACCAGCUGUUCCAGGUGGAAUCUACAGUUGCUAGGAGUGAUGCCCAUGCUGGUCAGAUCACAGGUGUCUGGAUUUUGUCAGAGAGACUUGUGUUAACAGCUUCUUUAGACCAGCGUGUCAGUCUCUGGCAUUUGACUGAAAAGGAAAAUAUUUUAAAGAUUGCCAUGAAAGACAGUCAGUUUGUUGAUAUUGCUGACCUGUCCAACAUUGAUGUGUGGCAGCACGGGAACAUUGUCCAUGUGGGAGUGUGUGGAGAAGGCAUUGCUCUUCUAACUCUACAGCUGUGAUAAGCUAAUGAUACAAAACGUCUAUACCCCGGCCCUUUUUCAUCCAACAGAGGACAGAAAUCUGUUAGCUGCUUCAUCUCCCAUGCCACCCUCUUUUAACCCCAAACAAAGCUUUUAACUGAAGAUUUUAAUCAUUUAGAACUGAUGCGAUGUUUAAAGAUUCAUUUUAAAGAUCUGAUUUAGCUGUCUCAUCAGAAGCAUUCAUUUCAGAGAUGGAAUACAAGUACUUGUGAAUGUUAAGGAAUCUGUUUUUAUUGUGAUCUGUUAUAAGACACCUGUAUAAGAAACUGAAACAGUGAUGAAAUAUUCUGUAACUUAACAGUGUAAAGGUAGGGACACAUAGUUUAAACUAAGACUGGUUGCUGUGCAAUCCCAUAAUAAUGCAACAGUGGUAAUGCUUAUUUACCGUCGGUGGUUUUUAGUGUGUUGUUGAAGAUCAUCAUGUGUACUAUUGUAUUAAAGGGUGUGCAGCACUGA